CUCUCAGGCGAGGAGGGAAAGUGAAUUUGAUUUUGCCCAGAUGUGCGAGUCGCAGUGACGACGCAGAGGCGGACUGUUCGGACGCUGGCUGCUUCUGGUGGCCUCAGACGGAACAGGAGAGACUCGAGAAAAGAUAUCGCUUGUCUGUUUGUUGGAUUCUAUUGUCAACUAAACGCUGCCACCCUCGUUGUUUCGUUCUUUUGUGAAAUGUGAGCUGCAACCUUGAGUUGCAGGUCGCUCGGAAUCGUGACAAAUCCAUUGCCUCCUGCCUCCAUUUAAGAUCUCGCUUCUGAUAAUCGGAGCGCCUGGUGCUUUUUUUCUGCAAAACGCUGUUAUACGUUGUGUCCGUCUGACAAAUAUUUUGCCGAGUGGCAUUUGAAUGCAUCACCCGCAUCCGAGUUAGAACUACAUCCCCGAAGAAGUUCUUACACCGACAUUUCGCUAUGACGGCUACGAAGGAGCAACAGAGUCAAAGAGCGAACCAGCCGCAACAGGACGAGGACCUGGGGGGUGGAAGCCCCCCGCAGCGCAACUGGAAAGGAAUCGCCAUCGCUCUGCUGGUGAUCCUGGUGGUCUGCUCCCUCAUCACCAUGUCUGUCAUCCUUCUCACACCAGCGGACACCACUGCCGGUAGCGACACAAAGCUCACUGUGGAGGAUCUGUUCAAACCAGAGUUCACAGUUCAUGACCCGGAACCCAAAUGGAUCAGCGAGUCGGAGGUUGUGUACAGAAACCGGGAUGGCCAUGUUAUCAAGUUAAAUGUGGCAACAAAUGCAACGGACAUUUUGCUGAUGAACACCACCUUUGUAUCUUACAAAGUCACGAAGUAUUCUAUCUCUCCAGACUUGAAAUAUGUUCUUUUUGCCUAUGAUGUUAAACAGGUAUAUCGGCAUUCAUAUACUGCAUCCUAUAUGACAUAUAACAUUCAAACUAGUGAGGUGUGGCAACUGAAUCCCCCGGAGGUGCCAAACUCAGUCCUGCAGCAUGCUGCGUGGGGAGUACAAGGCCAGCAACUGAUCUACAUCUUUGAAAACAACAUCUAUUACCAGUCAGAAGUCAAGAGCAACUCCCUCCGCCUGACAUCUUCAGGGAAGGAAGGGGUCAUCUUUAAUGGGAUUGCAGACUGGCUGUAUGAAGAGGAAAUCCUGCAGUCCCAUGUGGCACACUGGUGGUCUCCAGGUGGAGAGAGGCUGGCAUUCCUCCUGAUCAAUGACACCCUGGUCCCCAAUAUGGCUCUCCCACGGUUCACUGGCACUCUCUACCCUAAAGGAAAGCAAUACCCCUACCCCAAGGCUGGACAACCCAACCCAAUGGUGAGGCUCUACGUGGUGAACCUGUACGGCCCCACCCACACACAGGAGCUCACGCCUCCAGACGGCCUGAAAGUCAGGGAUCACUAUGUCACUAUGGUGAAAUGGAUCAGCACAACCAAAGCGGCGGUGAGGUGGCUGAACCGGGCCCAGAAUGUGUCCAUCCUCACCGUGUGUGACACCAACAUUGGGGCCUGUGUCAAGAGACACGAAGAGACCUCCGAACUCUGGCUUUCCAAACAGAACCAGGAGCCAGUGUUCUCUAGGGAUGGCAGCAAGUUCUUCCUGACAGUACCAGUGAAGCAGGGAGGCAGAGGAGAGUUCCAUCACAUCGCCAUGUUCACCACACAGCCCAGAGCCGAUCAAAGUGACGUCCGACAUUUGACCUCGGGGAACUGGGAGGUGACCAAGAUUGUAGCUUAUGAUGAAAGCAGCCAGCACAUAUACUUCCUCAGUACAGAACAUUCACCGCGAUGGAGACAGCUAUACAGCGUGUCAGCCAUUGGCCAGUUCCCACGCCGCUGUCUGACGUGCGAGCUGAGCAAGGCACACUGCACAUUCUUUGACGCAGAUGUCAGUCCCGUCCUGCAGCACAUCAUCCUGCACUGCAAAGGUCCCGGAGUACCGACUGUAAUCCUGCACAGUCUUAAUAAUGCUAAUAACUACUUUAUCCUGGAGAACAACACUGUUCUGAAAGCAGCAUUGCGAAAGAAGAGGAUCCAGCGAACAGAUAUCCGUGUUGUCUCUACAGACCACUUCGAUCUACCUUUGAAGAUCUACUAUCCACUUGACUUUUCCGAAACAAGACAAUACGGCCUUCUCUUAGUCGUUGACAGCGCCCCCGGUGGUCAGUCGGUGAACGACCACUUUGUGCUGGACUGGGACUCAGUUCUGGUUAGCUCAGACAGCAUCAUCGUGGCCCGGCUGGAUGGCAGGGGAACCGGGUUUCAGGGCCAGAGCAUCCUGCAGGCCAUCCACCAGCGCCUGGGGACUGUGGGCAUGCAGGACCAGAUAGCAGCAGUCGAGUAUCUGACGAAAUUUGAAUACAUUGACCGUACACGAAUAGGAAUAUUUGGAAAGGAUUAUGGUGGAUAUAUCACUUUAAUGAUGCUUAAAUCAACAGAAAGUCUGUUUAAAUGUGCAGUUGCAAUGUCUCCAAUAACAGACUGGAAGCUAUAUGUGUCAGCAUUUUCUGAGAGGUACCUUGGCUUUCCAGCAGGGGAAGACGACAGAUACCGGUUCUCCAGUGUGGUGGAGAAUUUCCAAGGACUACGAGAACAGAACUUAAUGCUGGUGCAUGGAACAGCUGAUGACAAUGUUCAUUUUCAACAUUCAGCCGAGUUGAUUAAACACCUAAUAAAAGUUGGGGCAAACUACACCAUGCAGAUCUACCCUGAUGAGGGCCAUUUCCUUUCCAAGAAGAGCCGAGAGCAUCUCUACACAUCCCUUACCUCUUUUUUCAGAGAAUGUCUGAAAGAAGACAUAUUGCUGUUACCAGAGGAACCAGAGGAGGAGGAGUAGCAACUUUGAAGGGCAGACCAUCAGCAGGACUAGACCAUUUAUAUCUGUAAUGACUACUGCGGCCUGGAAGGCUUUGGGCCACGCGUUGUACAAAGGCGAUUGUCGGAGUCGUUUAGGGGAGAGAUGGGAAGUGUCAAGGACGGUCGGAGGAGGUCUAUCUGCGAAACAGCACAGGGGCACCCAGGCAGCCAAAGGGGAUUCACACAUAUCGGGAUGGCACUUAAUCUUCAAUUUAGGGAUCUCUCUCAGAGGAGCACAGGGGCGGCCUCCCUCUUCACAGGGGAUGAUAGGUUUUUUACAUCCACUGUUAUAAGUGCAUGGUUGUUUUUGUUCAGCACCACUCAUUCUCCCAUGUAAAUAUUUGUUGUGGUAGCCAUUCAAAAAAAGGGAACUGUACCAUUUUCCUAGCCUUGAAAGCCUCAUCCUCACCCUCUUUUCGUAUAGAUGCACAUUGAUUAAAAAAAAAAAAAACACCUCCCUUUUCACAUCGGCAAAGAAACUCGACAUUUCUGUGACAUCCACAGACAAGUGCAAUUCCCACCUAAACCUCAUGUUGUCACAGUUGCACCAAUAAAGAUAUGGUAUUUUGUACAAUAUGGCAGAGUGUGUACAUACGUAUAUUUUUAAGAUACGUAAGAUCUCAUAGUUGUCUAUGGAGAUUGGUUUAUUUGAAUUCCAACCUGUGUUUUUUGUUUAAAGUUUAUUCUUAGGAUGGACUUUGUAAUGCUUGUUCUUGUUCAUUUUGCUGUUUUUAAGGGAGGGUGGUAUGUGGGUGUGGGCCUGGUUGUAAUCGUCUUCUAGUAAUGGUUAUAAAUAAACAAAAUUAAACACCUGUGAGUAAUGGUGAUUGAGCGCCGCACAACAUGCAAAAACCCAAUGGUCAAACAACAAAGAGAGCUUGGUUUUCAGAGUAGCAGAAACCCAAAUUGCUUUUUAAUUGUUUGAUACAAAUGUCCCAU